CUUGCCAGUAGAGAGGGAACUUGUACAUGAUGAGCUCACACAGAUACAUGAGAAGUUGGAUCCGGCCCUUACUCAUCUGACGUGGCACAUGCCAGAUUUGGAUGAGUACAUUAAAGAAGCACGAGAACUGGUCUACAGUGUGGAUAACAGAGUUCAAAAAGCUAAACAGAAUGAGGAAAUGAUGCAGAACUUAAUGAGCAAACUUAGCAAAACAAAUUUUAUUGUAAACAAAAAUGAAAGGGACAAAGACAGAAUAGCCAAACACUACAGUAUUGCUGAAGACGUGGGACAAAAGAUUCAAGGACUUCUUAAGCACAAUCAGCAGUUGUUUCAAGCAGAGCCGCACUGUGAUAAAUGGAAGUCCUACACAGGGUACAUAGACCACAUGAUUUUAGACGGAUUGCUCCAAGCGGUGAAGUGUUCACUUCAAUACUUGAUUGAUAACACAGAGCCAUCACUUAAAAAUCCUCCAUUGUUUAAAGUGGAACUCUUCCUUAAUGGAAGUGAAAUGAGCUUUGUGCCUUCCUUGGACCUGAACAUUAGUGGGAAUUUCUAUAACAUCAUAGAGAGUUUAAUCCGGGACACAUAUCGGAUUGCAUCUUUUAUACCGCGUGUUGCCGCACACCUUGGGAAAGCAACAUAUCAGCUGGAUGUUGAUGAGAUGGAGGAGCUGAAAGAAAUGCAUGGAGAAAUUCUGAGAAGGGUGCACUCGACCAUUGUUAAUGUAAAAGAGUAUCAGAGACACUUUAAAAAGUACAGCUAUUUGUGGACGGAUGAUAAAACAGAAUUCAUGAAGCAGUUCCUCCAGUACGGCCGCUUUCUCAGCGCCGAAGAGAUGGAAAUGUAUGCAGAUUAUGAACUGCAGGAAUGUUCACCACAGUUACAACACUUCAGGAAACAGAUCAAUAUUUAUGAGUCACUUUACCAUGAAGUUGGAGAGUUUGACAAUGAAAGGACUUUUGAUGGCUGGCUCCUCAUAGAUGUGAAACCUUUCAAAAUCUCUCUGAUGAAUACUAUCAAGAGAUGGAGUCUAAUGUUUAAAGAUCAUUUGGUGAACCAUGUUACAUGCAGUGUUAAUGAACUUGCUGAAUUUAUUCGACAUACGGAGAAAGGCCUAACCAAGAAAGGGAAGGGAGAAGACUGUGAUGUCCUGGUGGAAACUAUGGGUCAUUUGAUGGCAAUACGGGAUAGACCAUCCACCGAGGAGCACUUCAGAUAUCUCAAAUCAACUGCUGAGCUGCUUCGCACCUACGGACAGCAACUGCCUGAUCAUAUCUACACUCAAAUUGAAGAAUUGCCAGAGAGGUGGAAAAACCUGAAGAAGAUUGCAUUUAUAGUAAAGCAUGAAGUGUCUCCUCUGCAGGCAAAUGAAGUAUCUGUUAUCAGGAGGAAAUGUGUCCUCUUUGAGGUUAAACAGCAAGAAUUUCGAAAUCGUUUUAAAAAUGAAAUAAUCUUUAAAUUUGAUGCAGAAGAUCCUUACAAACACCUGGACAAAACCCACAGGAAUAUUUCUAGACUGGAGGAUGAGAUGAGAAAACUGCAGGAUACGGCAGACCUGUUUGAAAUGAGUGUCCCAGAAUAUAAACAGCUACAUCAGUGUCGCACUGCCAUCACCUUGCUGAAGUCCGUAUGGGAUAUGGUGAUAUUUGUACGGACGAGCAUCAGAGACUGGAUGAAAACACCAUGGAAACAGAUUAAUGUAGAGCAAAUGGACAUGGAACUGAGAAGAUUUGCAAAGGAAAUGAAGACAUUAGAUAAAGAGAUAAGAACCUGGGACGUCUACUUGGGUCUGGAGUCCACUGUUAAAAAUCUGAUAACUUCACUUAGAGCAGUGAAUGAGCUGCAGAACCCUGCUGUCCGGAUGAGACACUGGUUACAGCUAAUGAGCAAAACCGGGGUAAGAUUUGUAAUGAAUGAAGACACUGUCCUUGGGGAUCUCUUGGCCCUGCAGUUACAUAGGGUGGAGGAUGAGGUGAAGAACAUAGUGGACAAGGCUGUGAAGGAAAUGGCAAUAGAAAAAGUCCUUGUGGAGAUGAACCAUACUUGGAGCACUAUGCAGUUCUCUUACGAGAAGCAUUCUGCCACCGGAACACCAUUGCUAAAAUCAGAUGAGGACCUGAUAGAGACGCUUGAAGAUAAUCAGGUACAUCUACAGAACAUAUUGAUGAGCAAAUAUGUGGAUUUCUUCUUGGUGGAGGUGAGCAGGUGGCAGAAGAAAUUAAUGGUAGCUGACCUGGUUAUUUCUGUCUGGUUGGAAGUACAGAAAACAUGGGCUCAUCUGCAAAGUAUAUUUGCUAACUCAGAAGAUAUUAGAAAUCAACUUCCAGAGGAUGCCAGAAGAUUUGAAGAAAUAGAUUUUGAUUUCAAGGGUCUAAUGAAGAAAAUUAUUAACACGAGUAUAGUCAUCGAAGUCACAAAUGAUCCAGGACUACUUGAAAAGUUGGAGGCUCUUCAGCAAAGGCUUACAUUAUGUGAAAAGUCACUUGCAGACUACUUGGAGUCCAAACGUCUGAAUUUCCCAAGGUUUUAUUUUGUUUCUUCAGUGGAUUUAUUGGAGAUCAUUUCCAAAGGAACUCAGCCAAAGCAGGUAAUUAGGCAUUUUCUGAAAUUGUUUGACAACAUGGCUGAUCUGAGAUUUGAAGGUGAAGAAUAUGAGUGCAAGACUGCUGUAGGAAUGUACAGUAGAGAAGGGGAGUUUGUGUACUUUACCAAACCAUGUGUGUGCGAGGGCCAGGCUGAAAGUUGGCUGGGGCUCUUAGAAGAGACCAUGAGGUCAACAGUUAAGCAAGAAAUCAUGGACGCUGUGGCAGGAUAUGAGGAUAAACUGCGGGAUCAGUGGCUGUUUGAUUUUCCUGCGCAGGUUGCCCUUACCGCCAGUCAGAUUUGGUGGGCAACAGAUGUGGAAAUCGUCUUUCAGAGGGUCGAAGAAGGCUUUGAAAAUGCAUUAAAAGAUUACAACCGCAAGCAGAUUGCUCAGCUGAAUGCCCUUAUAAGCAUGCUGUUAGUGGAACUUACCCCCGGAGUGCGUCAGAAGAUCAUGACAAUAUGCACAAUUGAUGUUCAUGCCAGAGAUGUGGCAGCCAAGCUUAUUGCACAGAAGAUCUCCAAUGGGCAGGCAUUUACAUGGCUGUCACAGCUGCGCCACCGAUGGGACGAAGACAUAAAGGAGUGUUUUGUUAAUAUCUGCGAUGCUCAGUUUCAUUAUUCCUAUGAAUAUCUUGGCAAUACCCCUCGCCUUGUGAUAACACCACUUACUGACAGAUGCUACAUAACCUUGACUCAGUCUCUUCACCUAGCCAUGAGUGGUGCCCUUUCAGGUCCUGCAGGAACUGGAAAGACAGAGACCACCAAAGAUCUUGGCCGGUCCUUGGGAAUUAUGGUUUAUGUCUUCAACUGUUCAGAGCAAAUGGACUACAAGUCCCUAGGCAACAUCUAUAAAGGCUUAUGUCAGACAGGAGUCUGGGGUUGCUUUGAUGAAUUCAACCGUAUAUCAGUAGAAGUGUUGUCUGUAAUUGCUGUACAAGUCAAGACAAUUCAAGAUGCCAUUCGACACAACAAGAAAAGAUUUCACUUUCUAGGAGAGACAAUUGAGCUUAUAAGUACAGUUGGGAUCUUCAUCACUCUGAACCCAGGAUAUGCUGGUAGAGCGGAACUUCCAGAAAAUGUUAAAGCUCUUUUCCGUCCAUGUGCCAUGGUCAUUCCAGAUUUUGAACUUAUAUGUGAAAUCAUGUUGGUAGCAGAAGGCUUUAUAGAUGCAAGGAUGCUCUCAAGGAAAUUCAUCAGUCUGUACACUUUGUGCCGUCAGCUCCUUUCCAAACAGGAUCAUUAUGAUUGGGGUCUCAGAGCCAUAAAAUCUGUUUUAGUUGUGGCUGGAUCGCUAAAACGGGAGGACAGGAGCAGACCUGAAGACCAGGUUUUGAUGAGAGCCUUGAGGGACUUCAAUCUUCCUAAGAUAGUAACCAAUGAUGUUACGAUAUUUCUGGGUCUCAUCAGUGACUUGUUUCCCCUGCUGGAAGUGCCCAGGAAGAGAGACGUGAAGUUAGAACAGAUGGUGCGCCAGUCUAUUGCCGAGCUGUGUCUCCAGCCGGAGGAAAACUUUAUUCUAAAGGUGACCCAGUUAGAAGAGCUGCUUGCGGUCCGUCACUCUGUUUUUGUUGUGGGCAAUGCUGGGACAGGCAAAAGCAUGAUCCUGAAGACUUUACAUCGAACAUAUUUCAAUAUGAUGUUAAAGCCUAUAUGGCAUGACAUCAAUCCGAAAGCUGUGACUACUGAUGAACUAUUUGGCUUUCUUCACCCUGCAACAAGGGAGUGGAAGGACGGGCUGUUCUCUUUCACGAUGAGGGAGCUUUUUAUCAACCCUCAUAAUGGCCCAAAGUGGAUUGUCCUUGAUGGAGAUAUUGAUCCAAUGUGGAUUGAAUCGUUAAACACGGUCAUGGAUGAUAACAAGGUUCUAACCUUAGCUAGUAAUGAGCGUAUCUCGCUGAUGCCAUCCAUGCGGCUGUUGUUUGAAAUUAGUCACCUUCGAGCAGCGACCCCGGCGACUGUAUCAAGAGCUGGGAUCCUCUAUGUUAAUAAACAGGACCUAGGCUGGAGCCCUUACGUUACCAGCUGGAUCGAGACUCGUCAAGCUCAGUCAGAAAAGGCAAAUCUGACCAUAUUGUUUGAUAAGUACGUUCCGUACUGCUUGGAGCAAGUGCGAUGUAAUUUAAAAACUAUAACUCCAAUCCCCGAAAACAGCAUGGUGCAGACAUUGUGCUCCUUACUGGAUUGUCUUCUGACUGCUGACAAUACCCCGCCAGAUUCCCCUCGUGAGCUUUAUGAAAUGUAUUUUGUUUUUGCUUGCGUCUGGUCUUUUGGGGGUGCGCUCUUUCAGGAUCAGCUAAUCGAUUACCGUUUGGUAUUCAGCCGAUGGUGGAACAAGGAAAUGAGAACCAUUAAGUUCCCAUCACAUGGUACAGUGUUUGAUUAUUUUAUUGACCCUGACACAAAGAAAUUCACUCCUUGGACAGAGAGAAUUCCAGAAUUCGAUAUGACCCCAGAUGUUCCUUUACAGACAGUUUUAGUGCAUACUGCUGAAACUGUAUGCCUGAGGUACUUCCUGGAUCUGCUGCUGGAGAAGGGGAAGCCGAUAAUGCUCGUUGGCAAUGCUGGUGUCGGUAAAACUGUCCUGGUGUCUGAUAAAUUAUCCAAAUUGCCAGAAGAACACAUGGUGGCCAGGGUGCCCUUUAACUACUAUACCACAUCUGCAAUGCUCCAACGCAUACUAGAGAAGCCCUUGGAAAAGAGAGCUGGACGGAACUAUUCCCCACCAGGCACCAAAAAACUGAUUUACUUCAUAGAUGAUCUCAACAUGCCAGAAGUGGAUGCGUAUAGUACAGUGCAGCCUCAUACCUUAAUUAGACAACACCUAGAUUACAGUCAUUGGUAUGACAGACAGAAAUUGGUAGCUAAAGAAAUACACAACUGCCAGUACAUAACGUGCAUGAAUCCCACUGCUGGAAGUUUUUCCAUUAAUCCUCGGCUCCAGAGACACUUUUCGGUAUUCGCUGUGCACUUUCCGGGGUCAGAAGCAAUAACUACCAUCUACAGCAAGAUAAUAGGUGCUCACUUCCAGCAUGGCGGCUUCAGUUACAGUGUGGUCAGAACUCUACCUACACUGAUACAAGCGGCUAUUUGUCUACAUCACAAAAUGACCCAGAAUUUUUUGCCCACUGCGAUUAGAUUCCAUUAUAUUUUUAAUCUGAGAGAUCUGACCCAUAUAUUUCAGGGAAUACUUUUUGCAUCUCCUGAGUGUAUCCGCUUCUCUAGCGAUUUAGUCCACUUGUGGUUACAUGAGUCAUGCAGAGUGUACUCAGAUAAGCUGAUGGAAGAGAAGGAUAUAGAACAUUUUAAGAAGGUGAUCAUCGAUACGGCAAAGAGAUUUUUUGAGGGUAUAGAUGAGCAAAUAUUUAUCAAUAAGCCUUUAAUCUAUUGCCACUAUGCACAUGGGGUUGGAGAACCACGUUACUUCCCGGUAUCUGAUUUGGAAAAGCUGACGAGAAUCCUAUCAGAUGCUCUUGAACACUACAAUGAGAUUCAUGCUGCGAUGAAUCUGGUUCUGUUUGAGGAAGCUAUUCAGCAUAUCUGCCGCAUUAGUAGAAUCCUGGAGUUCCCCUACGGAAAUGCACUGCUGAUUGGAGUUGGAGGUAGCGGCAAACAAAGCUUAUGUCGCUUGGCAGCUUUUCUCAGUUCACUUGAAGUUUUCCAAAUCACUCUCCGUAAAGGGUACAGCAUUAACGAUCUCCGGAGUGACAUUGCUACAUUGUACUUUAAAGUGGGUGUAAAGAAUAUUGCGACAGUGUUCCUACACACGGAUGCUCAGAUUCCUGAUGAACGAUUCCUUGUUCUAGUCAAUGACAUGCUGGCAUCAGGCGAUAUCCCCGAUCUUUUUAGUGAAGAGGAGAUGGACAGUAUUGUCUCUUCUGCUCGGAUGGAGCUCCGAGCUCUUGGCCUCCCGGACUCCAGAGAAAACUGCUGGCAGUUCUUUAUUGACAGAAUCCGUCGACAGUUAAAGGUUGUAUUGUGUUUUUCACCUGUGGGCUUCACAUUAAGAACCAGAGCACGGAAAUUCCCAGCCUUGGUGAACUGUACCGCAAUAGACUGGUUCCACUCGUGGCCGCCGGUUGCCCUGCAGUCAGUGAGCAGCAGCUUCAUUCAGAAGCUGGAUGGACCUGAUCCUGAUAUAAACAAAUCCAUCAGUCAGUUCAUAACAUUUGCACAUACAAGUGUCAAUGAAGUCAGCGUAAAAUAUCAGCAGAACGAGAAGCAUUACAACUACGUGACUCCAAAGAGCUUCCUGGAGCUUAUUAAAUUGUACUGGAAUCUCCUGGAGAAGAAGAGAAAUGAGCUGGUUCAGAAAAUGGAAAGACUGGAAAAUGGAUUACAGAAGCUGCAAACGACAGCCUUCCAGGUUGAAGAUCUGAAGUCUAAACUUGCCAUCCAGGAGGUAGAACUUCACCAGCGGAACAGAGACACAGAAGCCCUUAUAGAUAAAAUCAGGCAGGAAACCGAUAAACUAAACCAGGAGAAAUCAGUGGCAGAUGCAGAGGAACGCAAGGUAGCUGGUCUCCAAGCAGAGAUAACCAGCCAACAACAAGAAUCUGCAAAUGACUUGGCCAAGGCAGAACCCGCUCUCCAAGCAGCAAAUGCAGCUCUAAACACCCUAAACCGGUUAAACCUUACAGAGCUAAGAACAUUUCCCAAUCCACCAGCUGCUGUAACCAAUGUAGCCGCUGCUGUACUUGUUCUUUUAUCUCCAAAUGGCAAAAUACCUAAAGACAGGAGCUGGAAGACUGCAAAAGUGGUAAUGAGCAAGGUGGAUGAAUUUUUACAGAAUUUGAUUAAUUUUGACAAAGAGCAUAUUCCAGAGGCAACAGUCAAGGCAUUAAAUGAUGACUAUCUGAAGGAUCCUGAGUUUAACCCAGAAUUUGUGCGCACAAAGUCGUCCGCAGCGGCAGGCCUGUGUGCUUGGGUUAUCAAUAUCAUUAAAUUCCAUGAGGUUUUCUGUGAAGUGGAUUACAAGCGCCAAUCACUAUCACAAGCCACUACAGACUUGAUCUAUGCAGCCGAGAAACUUGAUGUCAUUAGGAAGAAGCUUGAGGAAUUAGACACCAACCUGGCUGCGUUAACAGCGUCAUUCCAACGAGCUACCAUGGAGAAAAUCCGCUGUCAAGAGGAAGUGAACAGAACUAACAAGACUAUUCAGCUGGCCAACAGAUUAGUGAAAGGUCUGGAGUCAGAGAAUGUCCGAUGGGCUCAGUCUGUAGCAUUGUACCGUAAACAAGAGCAAACCCUUUGUGGAGAUGUCCUGCUCACAGCUUCAUUUAUCUCCUAUGCUGGCUCAUUCUCCAAAAAGUAUCGACAUGAACUUGUAGAACAAUUGUGGAUGCCAUACUUAAGAACACAGAAGUUUCCUAUUCCAAUGACAGAAGGGCUUGAUCCUAUAUGUAUGCUGACCGAUGAUGCAACUAUUGCAAAAUGGAAUAACGAGGGAUUACCCAGUGAUAGAAUGUCUAUUGAAAAUGGCACCAUACUAUCAAACUGCGAACGAUGGCCUCUCAUGAUUGACCCCCAACUUCAAGGAAUCAAAUGGAUUAAAAGUAGAUAUGGAUCCAGAUUAAAAGUUAUUCACUUGGGUCAGAAGGGGUACGUAGAUGUCAUAGAGCACGCCGUUGUUGCUGGAGAUCCAGUUCUAAUAGAAAAUUUAGAAGAAUCUAUUGACCCUGUUCUUGAUCCCUUGCUUGGAAGGCAUACGCUUAAAAGAGGAAGAUACAUCCGAAUUGGGGAUAAAGAAUGUAAAUUCCAUCCCAAAUUUCGACUUAUUCUUCACACCAAACUUGCCAAUCCUCAUUAUAAACCUGAAAUACAGGCUCAGACAACUUUAAUCAAUUUCACCGUUACACGAGAUGGUUUAGAAGAUCAACUCCUGGCUGAUGUGGUGAAUCUGGAGAGACCCGAUCUGGAACAUUUUAAGUCUGAGCUCACAAAGCAACAGAAUUAUUUUAAAAUUGAGUUGAAAAUGCUGGAGGAUGAAUUGCUGACACGCCUAUCGGCAGCCGAAACUCAUUUCCUGGGGGACACGCUCCUUGUGGAAAAACUGGAAACGACAAAGCACACAGCAGCCGAAAUAGAAAUGAAGGUGUUGGAAGCCAAAGUCAAUGAGGUGAAGACCAAUGAGGCCAGGGAGCAUUAUCGCCCUGUAGCAUCCCGCGCCUCCCUCCUCUACUUUAUCAUGAAUGACCUGAAGAAAAUCAGCCCAAUGUACCAGUUCUCUCUUAAGGCUUUUAAUAUGGUGUUUCACAAGGCUGUGCAGCAUGCAGAACCAUCUGAGGAUGUCCGAUUGAGAGUGAAUUACCUCAUUGACUGCGUGACAUACUCCACGUUUAUAUACAUCAGCAGAGGACUGUUUGAAAGAGAUAAAAUAACCUUCACAGCCCAGUUAGCUUUCCAGCUUUUGAUCAUGAAUAAAGAAAUAUCUGCUCAGGAACUUGAUUUUUUACUUCGCUUUAACAUUGACCACAUUUAUAAUAGUCCAUUGGACUUUCUAUCAAAUUCAGCAUGGAGCGCUAUUAAGACAAUGAGCUUUAUGGAUGAAUUCCGAGGACUAGACAGAGACAUUGAAGGUUCUCCUAUGCGCUGGAAAAGGGUGAUUGAAUCUGAAUGUCCAGAAAGAGAACGUCUUCCUCAAGAUUGGAAGAACAAGAGCUCCCUACAGAAAAUGAUUAUGAUGCGCGCACUGAGGCCUGACCGGAUGACUUACGCUAUCAGAAACUUUGUUGAAGAGAAACUGGGAGCCAAGUACGUGGAGAGACGUAAAACAGAGUUUGCCAAGUCCUUUCACGAGAGUGGACCGGCCACCACUAUAUUCUUUAUCCUGUCUCCGGGAGUUGAUCCGCUGAAAGACGUGGAGACACUUGGUAACAGACUUGGAUUUACCAUUGACUCAGGAAAACUUCACAAUAUCUCUCUGGGUCAAGGGCAGGAAGGGAUUGCAGAAAUAGCGAUGGAAAAAGCAUCAAAAGAAGGCCACUGGGUUAUACUUCAAAAUGUUCACCUAGUAGCCAAGUGGCUCAACACUCUAGAAAAAUUACUGGAAAAAUACAGCAAUGGAAGCCACCUGGACUACCGUGUAUUUAUGAGUGCUGAACCUGCCCCAACACUUAAGGAACACAUUAUCCCACAAGGGAUCCUGGAAAAUGCUAUCAAAAUAACAAACGAACCCCCAACCGGAAUGCUGGCAAAUCUGCAUGCUGCUUUGGAUAACUUUGAUCAGAACACCCUCGACCAGUGCACCCGUGAGCAAGAGUUUAAAAGCAUUUUUUUUUCGUUGUGCUAUUUUCACGCUUGCGUUGCUGAGAGGCGUAAAUUUGGCCCCCAAGGGUGGAACAGAAAGUAUCCUUUUAACAUCGGAGACCUCACAAUAUCAGUGAAUGUUCUGUACAACUAUCUGGAAGCUAACUCACAGGUCCCAUGGGAAGAUCUCCGUUACUUGUUUGGAGAGAUAAUGUACGGUGGUCACAUCACAGACGACUGGGACAGACGGCUCUGCCGAACAUACUUAGAGGAGUACAUGCAACCCAAUCAGUUUGACAGGAAGCUCGCCUUAGCACCUGGAUUCAUGAUUCCCUCUAACCUUGAUUACCAAGGCUACCACAGAUACAUUGAUGAGAUGUUGCCACCCGAGAGCCCCGUCCAUUAUGGCCUACACCCUAAUGCCGAAAUUGAAUUCUUAACCGUGACUUCAGACAAUCUGUUCCGCACGUUGUUAGAAUUACAGUCACGGGACUGCAUAAACGGGGAAGGAGCCCCUCAGACUGAGGAGGAAAAGGUUAAAACAUUCUUGGAGGACAUUCUAGAUAAGCUCCCCGAAGGCUUUAACAUGUCAGAUAUAACGUCAAAGACGGCCGAGCACUCUCCAUACAUCCUUGUCUGCUUUCAGGAAUGUAAGAGGAUGAACCUACUAAUUCAUGAAAUCCGACGUUCGCUGAAUGAGCUUGAUCUUGGCCUUAAGGGUGAGUUGGCAAUAUCUUCCGAAAUGGAGCAACUGCAGUCAGCCCUUUUUUAUGAUUACGUGCCUGACACUUGGAUGAAGCUGGCUUAUCCGUCAACAUACAGCCUGGCUCAGUGGUAUAGCGACCUGCUCCUUCGCUGCCGGGAACUAGACUCCUGGACUCAAGAUCUUUGUCUCCCAAGUGUCGUCUGGAUAUCAGGCUUUUUCAACCCCCAGUCCUUCCUCACAGCUGUCAUGCAAAGUUUAGCUCGGAAAAAUGAAUGGCCCCUGGAUAAGAUGCAUCUCACUGUUGAUGUAAUGAAGAAAUACAAGGAGGAAUUUUCACAGCCAGCCAGGGAAGGAGCAUACAUCUACGGAUUGUACUUGGAAGGAGCUCAGUGGGAUAUACAGGGAGGACACAUUGCCGAAGCACGUCUGAAGUCUCCAAAUCCAAUUAUGCCGGUCAUCUUUGUGCGAGCUAUACCCAAUGACAGACAAGAUACAAGAAACAUGUACGAAUGCCCAGUUUACAAAACAAAACUGAGAGGUUCAACUUAUAUUUGGGCUUUUCACUUGAAGACCAAGGAGAGGCCUUCAAAGUGGAUUCUUGCUGGUGUUGCUUUACUGUUAAGUGUGUAAAACAAAAAGAUUGUGCAAAUUUGAGCAAAGUUGUUAUAGUUCUGGCUUCACCUCCCUCUCAAUUUAACACUUCAGUAGCAAUUGCUACUGUUUGUUUGAUGUGGAUUUUGUUUUUAUCCUGUUUUGUAUUGUUUAUCCUGAUGCUUGAACCACAUUGGGCCUAAUUCAGAGGUGUACAGAUGUGCGGCAGAUGCCACAUUAAUACAAAUGUUUGGUACUCAGCACAUGCGCCGGACCAACACCGCACACGUACAGUAUAGGUCUGUGACGCUGGAUGCAGAUUGGCAGUAGACUGUCAAGGAUUAACAGUCUGCUGCUGUUUGGGGGCAAUGGCUACAGUUUCCCAAAACUGAGGCGUGUUUCCACCAUUGUGGGGGGAGUGAUGAGGCCAGGAUCUCAGUUAGAAGACAGAUUUCCUGGCCUCUUUGUUGGCUCUGCGGCAGCUGGUUUUGCACAUCCCUCGCGUCCUAAGACACAAAAUCACUAAUGCAGCAGGUGGCAUGACGCCCCUUGCUGCAUUACCAUAUUAGUGCUAUCACUGCUGCUUCCAUGUAAGCAGCAGCGAUAGCUACUCCAACCACAUCUGAAUUAGGCCCAUAUUUGCUAAAGUGGAGGUUUGUAGAAGUGGAGAUGUUGCCUAUAGAAACCAGAUUGUACUUAACAUUUAUCUAACGCCUUCUAGAAUAGCUAGCAUCGGGUUGCUAUGGGCAACAUCUCCAAUUCCAUAAAACCACACUUUAAAUAUAACCCAUAGUGCGCUGAAGAUUACUGGGAAACAAAUUGUUUAGAUUUGGUCUCUCAUUAUGAAUAAAAUAGGGCAGAUAUUGUAUUUCCUCACUAUAACUGUUAUAGUCCACCCCAGUGGGCUUUGUUACCUUUAUUGUAGUAUGUAAGUCUACCUCAAUUGAAAAGUGCAUCAAGUCCUAUUGGAGAAGUGCUCUAUGAAUAAACUCAUUAUGUAGCCUAUUA